AUGGGUGACGACAAUGACCUGACAAAUGCAUGCAAGUUCAUAGAAGGUAUAUUUCGGAGGGUUUUAUCCGUUGUCAAUAUGGUUUACCACUACCAUAUGGCGUGUUUACCUAACAAAGUGUUCCUUGAAUCCUGUUGUAGAUCGGUUGUAUUUUGCGACUCUUCGAAAUAAACCACGAAGCACUGUAUCUACGCACUAUUUCUGCGUGGACGAUGAGCUGGUUUAUGAAAAGUAAGUGUCUUCUAAUUUGCCUCGAUAUUUAGCGCCGAAUCACGUUCUAAUUAAUCAAAUUGUUCUUGUUCUGUUCUUGUAGUUUCUACGCUGACUUUGGUCCUUUGAACCUGGCUAUGUUGUAUCGCUACUGUUGUAAGCUGAACAAGAAACUUAAGGUAUGUUUUCGGUGCCUUGUAUCUCUUUUUCGAGCAACAAUACCGCGAUAACAUAUCAGUUUGUUUGAUAUAACUUGCAAGAUCUAUCUUUUCGAUCCUUCGGGGCUUCUUUACUAAUAUAAAUAUGCGUUCUCCUAAAGUGACGUGCCCUCGCCGAGGGAAUUAGAUUAUGGAAGCCGUAUGCUUUAAAGCCUGCGUGCUGUUUUCUGCCCUUUAAACUGAUCAAAAAUGCGCAUUUUCAUCUAGAGAUACAGUAAAGGAAGUUAUGUCUAGACGAACGAAUGAUUUGAAUAUGUAAGGUUGAGAGGAAACAUCUGACGAGUGUGUUUUCACUGUUUACGAUUUCCCGUAAGCUUAUAUUUGCUUAUUAAAGCUUCCCAUUUGUAUAAUGACUUAAAUAUUGGACGCCAAAACAGCCCUUUUCCUUGUUAGGUCCCCAGGAUUUUCUCUGAGGACUUUUAAGAGCCUUUAAAAGUUGUUAAAUAUUCUAUCGCUCUGUCACAAUUUGGCUCAAAUGUUGUGGUUUGUAAAAACAUGGCUUCUGGCGACCAAAAUGGAGUUGUGGUUUUGGAAUUUUGCCCCGUGCUUCUUUGUAUUCUAGGGCAAAGGGUGGUAAACGGUGAUAACUUAGUUUAAAACUGACCUUUCAUUGAAAACCCUGUCACAAGUUUUGCUCGCCAAAGGAGAACCGUAAACAUGCAUUAGGUUCGAAUUUAAAUUUCUGCAAGGAGCGUGUGAGCUUGAUUAAAUUCUUCCGUGCGGUUAAAGAAUCUUCGCGAGUACCUGGAAUUAGUUCUUAAGCACAGUAGUUAAUUCUAUUCAAUGAAACCUAAAUUUAUUAUGAGAAAGUGUAUAUAAACUUUGUAUUCAUAGAGAGGUUUGGUCUCAUGAAUGUUAUGAUCAUUAUUGAAAUCGUUAAGUUUUCAUAGAUCCCCGGUCAUUACGCAGUUGUUAUGAAUUUAAGCUUAAUGGAGCAGUUUUAGAAUACCCGGUCAUUUGUAUAACAUGAAAACUUAAGCAUCCGAUCGUUUAGCAGUUAAUAAUUUCGUGGCAGGGCGUUCAUCCAAGCUUAUUGCUCGCACAGUGGUGUUGUGAUAUUCACCCAACCUCACAAGACACAUGCUCUGAAAGAACCCGUAUAAAAAUAAUGCUUCUGUGUGCAUUCUUUGAUGCAUGUCUGCUUGUAACAGUUUGUUUAUUAAGCUAUGAAAAUGUUGAAUGAUUUGCAUGGUAGAUAUCUCUAUGACUUGGUUUCAUAGAAAAUCAACUCAGUAAGGUUUCUUCUUGAUCUUCCAUUUGUUUGUUAUGGAUAUUUUUUCCAACUCAGACGGUCUUUUGUGUUUUUCUUUUGUUUUAAGUGAAGAUAUUGCGCUGGCCCCAGGCUAGUAAGGCACACCUUUAGACGUGCAUUUUUAAUACUACAGUUGUCUGACGGGCAAAUAACAUUUGCUGAAAUACACAAUGUAACUUAAAGGGGGUGGGUAGGUUUUGGGAACGAAUCAUUCCACUUCUUUUACCAGUCAGUAAAGUGUACUUUUUGAAAGAUCCCAUAACCAAGGACUUCGCUAAAGUACAAUGUUCUGUCAGUGAUUACCAAAUCUUGGACACUUUUUUGGUGAUUUUAAGGAAGGUUUGUCUGUCAUUUAAAGUAGUUUAUUGACUGGAUGGAAAUGAGUUUUUGUGUCUUUGUUUACCAUUCCAGUCCUUCUCACUUGCAAAGAAGAAGAUUGUUCAUUACACAUCAUUUGACAGUAGAAAAAGAGCUAAUGCAGCUUACCUCAUAGCAGCAUAUUCUGUGAGUAUGAUAUUUUUUAUCUAGGGUAAUGUAUUUAGGUCUUGUUGAAAAGUGGUUGGAGUAUGUACUUUUAUUGUAUGAUGAAAAGAAAAGUGUAUUCUCAAACUCAUUAAUAUUUCAUUAAGAAAAUACAAAGGAAAUUAAUGUUUAAUGAGUGUUUGGAAAUCGGAUGAAACACUGCUUAGUAUUUGCAUCCUUAAUUUCUCCUUCAAAAAUGAUUUUGUUUGAGAAGAAAUAUCAAACAUUCGACACAGUGUUUCAUCACCAGAUGAAACACCUCGAAGUUUGUCAAAAAUACUCCGCUGCGCAUCGUAUUUUCAACUCUCUUCUCGGUGUUUCAUCUGGUGAUGAAACACUGCAUCUCAUGUUUGAUAUAUUACUUACAACAUGGCCAAGGCUCAGAUUGACUUUUUACCCUUUUUUGUGUUGUCAGUUUUAGCUUGUUGUUAUGCUGACAACAUCACCCUAGGAUUGUUGGGUACACUUCUCCAGGGAAUAUAAUGAUUAAUAUUGAUCAAUAAUAUAAAUAUUGUUUUUGUAGAUUAUAUAUUUGAAGAGAUCUCCUGAAGAGUCUUACAGGCUUCUAAUAACUGGUUGUAACCCACCCUUUUUACCAUUUAGGUAUGUUCAUCACAUUUAUGGUAAUUUUUUGGUAACUUUAUAUUUAUAGCACUCUUUAGUUUCUUUCAAGUUAAAACUUUUUCAAAAGACUUAUCAUCAGCUGUGAUUGAGAAUGUCCUGUCAGUUUUUGGCUGCUUUGUUACCUUAGACACUGGAAGCUUUGUCUCACUUUUUUAAGUGCUACUGUCCUUACUCAGUUGUAUGUAUGGAUGGGAUAUUCUCCUGGGGAUAUUACAUGUAUACGUAUAACCCUGUGUUGAACUACAGCUGUACAUGUAGUGUCCUGUCCAGGAAUGAGAAGCUUCUCCUAAGUGAUUAAUGGUACAAAAAUGGAGUUAAGCUGUCACCAUUUAGCCCUACAUAUAUGCCUCAUAUUAAUGUGCCGUUAACCUCCAACAAUUUUGCUUAAAAAUUCCUAUGUUUUUUCCAGGGAUGCGUCUUUUGGAGCAUGUACAUAUAAUCUGUCUUUAGCAGAUGUUCUUAGUGGUCUUUAUAAGGUAAGAAACUUUCAUAUUCCUUUCGCAGAUUCACCAGUGGAAAAACAAAUAUUAAUUUUGUGACUCUUUUAUCCUUCUCUUGUCGCUUUCAGUCUUUACAGAAAGGAUUUUUUAACUUUGAUACUUUUGAUGUUGCUGAGUAUGAGUAUUAUGAGGUAGGAACAAGUAUAUAAUCAGUGAUUUUGUUACAAGUAGUUAUAGUGAGUCCUGGGACUCAUCUUGUGAAAAAUCACAAAUCCCAGUCCAUGACCAGUGAGUCCCAGUUCAAAAGAAAUAAGGAGUCAUGCUUGGGCCUUUAUGUAACCAGACAGUUAAUCUGGACACAGAUGCCGAAACUCUUUAGCCAGGUUCACUGAAAUUAAAAUAUACAAUAGUCAUUGUAGAUACAUUUAAAGCACAAAAAAGACUAAAAUAAAUAUGCAUCAUUAAACAACAGCCACAGAAAUCACAUGAACAGGAUAUUCUACCGAAAAAUCUUCAAAUCAAUUGAUCGUUCUUUGUGUCCUAUGGGAUGCACACUAUGAUUAUUUUGUGUCUUUGUGGAUUUUUAUGCCGCAGGGGCACAGGACGCAGAGGUAACAAAAUCACUGUAUAUUGUUAGAUCUUGAGAAUUUAUUUUUCCUUAGUUACUUGUAAAAUUUUUAUUCUAGCUUACGACUGCUUCUGUGGUGGGCCUUUUCUCAAAUAUUUUUUUUGUUCUUACAGAGAGUUGAAAAUGGAGAUUUUAACUGGAUUUUACCUGGUAAGUUCAGUGGUUCAAAACAUUGCAUUUCUCCUUUCAAUUUAUCAGCAAUACUGACACUUUAACAAGUUAUUGCUCUGCAUGAGUUUCCUUGUAGGGAAGUAUAUUUUGAUAAAUUAAUUCUCAUAGUAGAUCUCACUCAUAUUCACUUGUAUCUUUCUUUGAAGAAAUUUAUGGUAUUAUUUAUAAUAUUAUUGUCUGUCCAGUAAUAGUAAUUCUUAUAUUAAUUUUCUUCUUAUUUUUUUUCCAGACAAAUUCUUGGCUUUUAGUGGACCUCAUAAUAAAAGUAGAAUUGAAAAUGGUAAUUAUUAGCAGUAAUGUGAUAUCUUACCUGCAGCUGGAAGUUUGCGUUUAAACGUUUUGUAUGCCACUGACAUGUUCUUCAUUUUCUUUUAAGAAAUAGAUAUUACUUUGAAAACAAGUCAGUGACAAACAGAACUUUGACAUUACAAUCUUAUUAUUGUCCUCUCCUAAAUUUUUGUGGGAGUAUGGUUACAUCAGGCAAAAUCAGACCACGCACAAAUUUACAUGUGUUAAUUUUUUUAUUUUUGUUAGGUUAUCCUCUGCAUGCACCAGAAUCUUACAUUGACUAUUUCCAGAAGCACAAUGUGACAGCAGUCGUCAGACUUAACAAGAAAUUCUAUGAUGCAAAACGAUUCAGUGAUCAUGGCAUUGAUCACUUUGACCUCUUCUUUGUUGAUGGAAGCACCCCUAGUGACUCAAUAGUUAGGUGAGUCAUGGAAUGAAGAUGAUGAAGAUUGUCGCAGUGCUUCUGCAUGAGCACUGCAGUCUAUCAAUAAGCCCCAAUUUUUUUUUUCCUGGUGGUGAUGGUGAGCUCAAGGAUGACCAACUUUGCUUGUUUGUUUUUAGGCGGUUCUUAAAUAUAGCUGAAAACACCAAAGGAGCAGUUGCAGUACACUGUAAAGGUGAGUUCAGUUGUUUCAUUCAAUCAGCAGGAAUUUUAGGAAGCUUUUGUUUAAGUUAUUGGAUUAAAAAAAAGCUUGAAUUCCACCUUACAUAAUGUAAUAAAUACCGGUAAACAUUUUUUGGCCCACGUGUAAAAGACACUAGAAAAUCUCAUUAAAACAACCAGGUUAGUCAUGUCCUUUUUUGUUGGCAGUUUUAUUAAUGGGGUUUCAGCAUUCUUUCAGCUCUAUUGAAACUUAUUUAUGUGGGCAUGUAGUUCAGUAGGUUGCUGCAAAGGUCAUUUUUAGUCACCUGCUUACUUCACAGUGGAACUGUAAGCUGUUGGUUGGUAGACAUUUAAACUGAUGUCUGAGUUUUAUGUUACAGCUGGUCUUGGUAGAACUGGAACUCUUAUUGCAUGUUACAUCAUGAAACACUACAGGUUUACAGCAGCAGAGGCCAUUGCCUGGUUAAGGUAUGGAAUAUUCUAAUCAUUGGGCUCAGUAUUAUGCACGUUCAGUGCAUUUAUGUUCACUAAACGUGUAAUGGCGCAUAGUUGAGUUUAGGUUGUCUUCUCUGUUGUUAAGUUAUGCUCCCAUUGCUUCAUCUGUGCAGCCACUAUAAAGGCAUUUUGUUACUUAAAGAUUUGUGUUCAUGUCAAAAUGUUGAUUUCAUUGAUCCUUAACAGAAUUUGUCGCCCUGGGUCAGUGAUUGGUCCACAGCAGAACUUCUUAGAAGAGUAAGUCAGAGCAACAUUAAAUAUACAUUGACAAGUUAAGGUAUCAUCCAGGGUAAAAACCCAUCAUUUUUCGAAAUUUUCAAUUUUUAGAUGAUUAAGUAGAGCUCAUCAAGAGCUUUCUUUUAAAAAAAAUUCCAGAAAAAAAUGUUUUUUCUGUGCAGAGUUAUGGAGCGCAAAAGUUUUUUCUAUGCUAAUUAUUUUAAUUGAUCGUUGACAAGUCCUGUCAUACUUCAUACGCAUGCCGCUGUUGAACCAAGCUAAUCACGCAAUUUGACAGAAAUCGUGGUCUACAAGUAUAGAGCUCACUGUUUUUCCCUGGAUUUUGGAAGUGAAUGCCUCCAAAGAAGAAAAAAGAGCUUGUCCGUUUUCGUCCUUGACUCCAAGACGAAAGAAGACGACAAAAUCGUUUUGCAAAGUGUGGGUUUCGAAAUUAGCAGAGAGUGACAAGGGCUCCUACUACAAUCAAGAAAAAUGGCUAAAAGAUGACAAAGCUUCUGAAAAACCCAUUGAAACUACCGCGAAAUCGAGUUUCACGAGUUUCUUAGCGAGCGGAGCGAGCUUUUAAGGUCGCGAAGCGGCCAAGCAAGCGACAAAUUCGCGACCGGUCCCGCGCCAUAUAAAAAAUCGGACGAAGGACUUUUUUGAAAGUCUAUUGUAGCGGGAGAGCAGCUUCAAGAAAAACUCCAGGAAGCGGUUUGUUGUCGAUUAUUCCAGGGAAGUGUCGAACUUUUAGAAAAUGUAUCGAGUAAAAGUUGGCUUGGCUCAAAAUGAAAGAUGCUUUCUCGACAACAGAAGGAUCGAACAGAGCAGAGCGUUCGAAAUAAAUUGUUCAUCUGUUGUUGGGUUUCGUUUGUAACCUUUUCCUGCUGUGUCACUAUUGUUGUCCCUUUUCUGGUAUGCAUCAACAUUGACAGCUUUGGUGUUAUAAUCUGUUAUAAUCUCGUCACGGGCAAUACGCCGCCAAAAAUCUUUUUCCCCUGUUUUCUCGAAAUGAAAAUCAGAGCAAGUUGAGGGUACGUUUUAAACUCCAAGUCGGCAACCCGUGAACCAAUUUGGCUGAAAUUUGGCCAACUUACUGUCAGAUAGUUUUUCUAAAAAACCGUGUCUGCGAAUUUUGAUUUCUUUUUUCGUUUUCGAGUAAGAGUAUUUUUUUCACAGGUAGUGCUAAUGAUUUGCUAUCCCUAACUUCAACUGCUUAUAACAAAAGAACAAACACACUUGACAAAAAUCUGAGACACGGUUUUUUAGUCAAACGUGUUAAGAAGCGAAUGUGAUCUUAAUUGGCUUCUUCCGUUUAUUUUUGGCUGGCCUGGACUUAAAUUUACAGCGACACCCACUUUCACAAAAAGCUUCUCAUUUCUGAAUGGCGUUAAUAUUUUGAUUUUUUAAAAGGAAUAAGCAAUAAUCUGGAACUAUUAAGCUUUCAGAAAAUGUACGGUUUAUAGGGGUAUUUAUUAAAAGCAAAAGCGCCAGCGCUGAUCAAUGCGGGGAGAGUGCUUAAGGGUGGAUGAUACCUUAAAUAGACCUUUAUAUUGUAUUGUAUUUUUUAUUUCCUAAUGAAGGUCUCAGGGAAAUUUGUCCCUUAAUUUUUCAUAAAUUAUGCAUACGUAUGCACAUGAUUAAGAAAAAAUUUGAAAAACACAGUACUCUGGGGAAUUAUCACUUGACCUUUAUUGGGAAAACAAAACAUACAAGCUAAAAAGGUCUAUUUCAUAGAUAACUUUUUGGUUAACUCAUAGAUAAUGUUAUUUUGGUUAACAAAUUAAAAAAGGGAUUGUAUUUGGCAUACUCUAGUUUCAUCUGUAACUCAAAUUUCUAACACUCCAACAGGUGUUGGGUCUUAAUGAAAACCCUGCAUUUUAUACUUACUCUUUUUUUAAAAAAGUAUAAUCCUAAAUUCUCUUCAUUUAGAAAACAAGCAAGUCUGUGGAUCCAAGGUGACAUAUACAGAUCAAGGGAACAAGAGAGAGCAGAAAAAGGUAUUUAAUGGUAACAAUUUAGUGGUAGCACUAGGUAACAUAGUUCUACGUCUUAUGUUGUGGAUCACUUCAAGGAGCAAGACAAGAUCCACCAAGAAAACUUAACUCACCCUUGCCCCCUGCCAUGAAGGCUGUCAAUAAAAAGCUUUAUACUACUACAUGAAAAAUUACUGCAAUUUGAUUGGCUUAGAGCAGUGGUAUUUCAGCUUAAUUUGAAAUACCUACAUGUGAAAAUUACAAACCUUUUGCGGGUGCUAGUAUAAACAAAUAAUAGCAUGACUUGUACGUGAUAUUUGGCAUAAAUACCACUCGUGAUAUUUCAAAACUGUCUCAAAUUUCUCUCGCCUAACGGCUCGUGAAAUUACGUAUAACAAUUUCGAAAUAUCACUCGUGGUAUUUAUGCCAAAUAUCACUACAAAUCAUGCUAUUACCUAUGCAAAUUUGUGUCUUUUGUUAAUGAUGACAGGUGUUGACAAAUGCCCUGUGAGCAGGCUCAUUAAUGGUGUGGACACCAUAAAGAUAGAAGAUUCUGGAAAUGCAAGGACACCUAAGUAUUACAAGGUACUGUUGUCUUUGAUUUUUUUCUCUAAGGUAAAUUAUUAUUGUAAUUCACAGUCAUGAAUGUUUGUAAUAAUUUGUUAAUAGUAAUGUUGGUGUGCUUACAGCUGUAGCAACCAUCAGUGGGUUUGUCAAAGUUUUACAUGUAAUGUCUCUUUUUUGUAUAACUUGUUUUUACUUGAAUAGCGGAUAGUUAUAUUAUUUCUGACAUUUUAUCGACUGGACCCUUUGAACUUGAAAAUUGUGUCAAAUUGUGUCUCUAUGACACCAAAACGUCCUUCUUUUUUAGUACAGUACAAUAAUACUUGAUUUAUUUCACUGUUUUUUUUUUCAUAUUUUUCUGCUCGUGAAUUGUUCAAGGUGUGAUCUUGAUAGCUCAAAGUUUGGCAGUUCUCUUGCAAUCAGCUGACAGACAUUUUCCCGCACCUUGCAACUGGUGAACCAGUAGUUGUGCUGCGAAAGAUCAGCUUUUUAUCUCUCUGAGAAAGAUAUCAUUAUAAAGAGUGAAGUUUUUCUGUUCUGUUUAAAGGAUUUAACACCUAUUCUCCGUGCUACUGGCACCCCUUCAUCAGGAGCUUCUGUUAUAAGUGGUAGGAGCAGCAUUCUUUCUUCGAAGGAAAUAACUGUAACCAAAGAUGCUAAUGACAAUGAAGAGACUACACAAGGAGACGAGUUAAGAAGACUCAAGACAAGUCGUGCGCUGCGGCACCCAAGAUCAGCCACAACAGGCGGGCUAAAGUAAGUUGUCAUGAUCAUGGCAGUGCUCUAAGGAAAAUUGAAGGGAGCCCAGUGCUCUGAAACUGUAAAAUUUAGGGUGCCCAGCAUAUGAUUUGUAAGAAAAAUCUGAGAUUUUCUAGUUGCCCGAGGGCAAAAGUUAGGUGCCAGGGCCCACCGGGCUCUGCUAGAGCACAGCCCUGAAUGAUCAAUCAUUUAAUUUUAGGUUUUACAGUUGGUUGUUAGGACCUUAAGUAUUUGGUGUGAGUUUUUAUUGCCAAGUUAAUUAUGCUCAUUGUGGUAAUUUCUUGUCUUGUUACUCUGACUUUUCUCUCAAGUACAUUGUUUUAAUAUUUUCUAAACGCCACUUCUUAUCAGAAAGGAGGGAGCUCUUUGGGCACUGAAAUUUUCAGAUUUGUGUGUACUCAAUGUUUAAGGUGCAUUUCUGUGGGAGAGUCCAGGAUUAGAUCCUAAAUAAAUUUAUUAGAUCAGUAACCUACAAUUGUUACACCAGAAAGAAACAAAUAUGGCCACAAGUGGAAUGAAGAAAUGUUUGAACCAUAAACCGUAAGAUCCAGAUCCAGAUCCAGAUCUUCUUAAGAUGGCUCUUUUUUGUUUGCAGGUUAGAGGAUGGUAGAAUAGGACAUACACGGUCUACUACUGGUCAGUCUCUAAAGUAAGUAAUAAUGUUCUUAACGAGGUCCUUCACUAAAAUCAGGGCUGUCAAAAAGUUUUUAAGGGGCAGGCUGAUAAUGAAUAGCAGGCAGCUUUGGAACUCACACCAAAGGCACAAGUUCUUGAGGGCUGAAGCAAUUAGGGACAGUUUGGAAUUUAGAGUCUCAGAAAUGCCAUUUCGAGGGGUUCUGAAGCGGUAUUUUUCCACCGCGGACGCCUUGUUGCUUUGUCAAAAUACAUGCAAGACUGGGAACAAUGCUGUCAAAAUGUCCCAGGCGUUUCACGACAUUGCACAUUUCGAAUGUUUCACAGAUCUAAACCUGUUUACACAUGCCUUCAAUGUCAUUCAUCAUCAUUAUUUGCUGGUACUUAUUUUUUGUUAGCAGUUAUGGUAGAAGGAGAUGAAAGUAGCUAGCUAAGGGUGGCUAACUAGCCAGCAGUUUUGGCCGGUUACCGGCCCUUAUUGACAGCCCUGCUAUAAUAUGCCAAUUUAGAAAAGAGAAGGAAACUGGAAGCCAAAAUGCAUUCCGUAAUUGUUUCUGGGAUUGUUACCAAGGACAUGCCAGUCAGCUAUGGGCCAAUUUUUUUUCCCUGUCUGUAUUAGCAGUUCCAGAGGUCUUGCAGAAGUUAACUCGACCCAGUUUUUUUGCAUUUCUCUAGUGGUGAAUUAAUAUUAGGAUUCAAGUUGAGAUAACAUUUUAUUCCUCGAAUAAGUGCCUAGGUGCUUAACAAGGGUGCAUUUAUUAAGUUUGAGAAGUCUCAAUUACUGAUCUAAAAUGUCUGUUUUCAACAGGCUUGGGACCUCUGCUGGUAUGCAGUCAGUCAUGUCUCCACUAAAAACAUCCAAGGUGUCUGCUUUGCCACGAAGAACAACAAGAACUUCGUCACACAUGUUGAGAAGGUAAUAAUAGGAGGGAUUUUUUUGUCAGCGAUAUUGGCCUUAUUCUUCUUACUUGAACAAUAAUUUCAAGACCUGGACUUGUGGGAAUUUCAUGCUCAAGCUAAAAAAAUUGAUAUAUUUUCAGCUAAAACCCAGGAUAGGUCACAUGUGCAGGGCUUCUGACAGGGUGCGGGGAGAAAAAUUAACAUUUUGCAGAAUUUUGGAAGCAAAUUGUGCAGGGAAUAACAUGAAUUUUACAGAAAUUGUGUGAGAUUGUAAAUUGUUUUUCAAAAAUAAAGUAGGCUUGUUAAGGAAUACAGAACUACUAAUACUCCCCACUGAAAGAACUUCACUUUGAUAAAAACUUCAAAGAGUAUGACACAGUUGAUAAACUAUUGAUAAGUGAUUAUGAAACAAUUAUUUAUAUAACAUUUAUCAAUUACUUUGAUGAAAAACACCAGUAAUAUUGCAUCCUUUUAUACAACUGGCACAUGAUAAUAAAUAUUGUUAUCGUAACAUUAAUUCCUCUUUUUCUUUCCAGUCGGAUGACUUCAUCUCGAGUGAGCGGCAGGGCACUUAACCUUGCUGCUUUAGCAAAGACAUGA